UUCGCAGAGGUUUGUGGGUAGAACCUGGAUAAUCAAGAUGGCAGCGCCCUGCUCGAGGAUUUUGAGUCGCCCCUUAUGGCAAUUUAUUACAAAUGUCGGACGGACAGGGCUAAAACAUACAGGAGUUCGUCAAAUUUCUCUCAGUUAUGCUUGUCGAGCUGCAACGCAGACCAAAAGUAAAACGGAAAGCGUCGCGUCACCAUGGAAGCUGUACGGGGCGGUGUGUCUACAGAGGCUGCCUGUCAUAUCACAGCAGCGGAACCCGAUCGAAGACCAGUUCGCUGAGCUCAUGCAUCAGAUGGAGCUGGAGAGAAGCUUGCUGUCGGAACAUGAACAGAGGCUCCUGGAGGACUCGGAGCGUAUGAGGCGUAAACAGGCAGACAACUAUGAUUCAGAUGAGGAGGAGGCAGACUUCGGUGGCCAGGAGACCAUCACAGCUCAGGACCAGGAGGACACCUGGGAACAGAAUCUCAAACGCUUCCAACCUGCUCUCAGAGCCAGAGAUGUAGAUGGUACAGCACUGGGCUCAGUGGAGAGGUGUCUUGGAGACAGCCUGGUCCUGCUGGUACAGCAGACUGUUGGUAAAGAGAAGAUCUGGCUGCUGCCUCAGGCCCAGUGGGAGGCAGGGGAGACUCUCAGACAGACAGCAGAGAGAGGCCUCACCAGCCUGCCAGAGGCUGAUUUCAAGGCUACGUUCCUUGGCAACGCCCCCUGUGGAGUGUACAGGUACAAGUUCCCCGAAGAUGGGCGGACCGAGCGCAGCGUGGGAGCCAAGGUGUUCUUCUUCAAAGCUUUACUGUCAGGCGGGUCAGGCAGUCAGUCAGCCAGUCAGAAAGGACCUUUCCUGUGGGUGAAGAAGACUGAACUGCAGGGUUACUUGAAGCCAGCCUACUUGGAGAAGGUCAACCGCUUCAUACUCAACCUGUGAUGGACAGGAUCCGACGAGAGGUUACAGUUGUCUUUUAAAAUGUCCUCGUUGAGUCCUGGAAGUCAUACUUCUGUCAUUAGCAAACUGCUGUUUUCUCCCUCAUCCACUUUGUGUAUAAGAUAACAUGAUUAAAGUAUAUAAUUUUUUCCAACAUA